GCCGGCGGGUGGGUGGGGGGCUCCCGGCGCCUGCGUGGCCCUGCCCGGGCAGGGCGGCUCGGCCGCGGCGUCGCCGUCGCUGUCCCCGUCCCCUCCAGUCCCGUCUGGUCCAGUCCCGUGCGGCGCGGCUGGGCUGCCUCCCGGCCCCCGCGGCGGCCGCUCCCCGCCGAUGCCAUGCUAAGGCCAGAGGUCUCCGCAUCCUACCAGGAGAAAUUCCAGCAAUUGCAAGUUGAGAGCAUGUUUGGAAAUUGAACCACUGUUUUAACUACACAGCUGAGUGAAGAUGUGGAGCGAAUAUCUGAAAACCCAACAGAUGAGAGAGAAGGAGAGAUGGAAGUUCAUGAAGAUGCCAGCUCUGUUAUUUUACCAGAUAGUGAACUGGGUACCACUGCCCCUUCUUUGCGUUUCAGCAAGACGUGCCUAAAGAAUGUUUUUUCAGUAAUUCUCCUGUUUAUUUAUCUGCUGCUCAUGGCUGUAGCUGUGUUCCUUGUCUACCAAACCAUCAGUGACUUCAGGGAGAAGCUCAAGCAUCCAGUGAUGUCUGUCUCUUACAAGGAAGUGUCCUUGUACGAUGCACCUGGUAUUGCCUUUUACCCAGGCAAGGCUCGGCUGCUUAGCUGCAAGCAUCAUUACUAUGAUCACAUUCCACCUCUGAUAAAUCCAGGUCAGCCAGGAGACAUUGAAUGCACCACGCAGAGAAUCAACUACACAGAUCCUUUUACUAAUGAAACUAUGAAGUAUGCUUUGGUUGUUCAAGGCCCUCGUGAUGUGAAGAAAAAGGAACUGGUGUUUUUGCAAUUUCAUUUAAAUGGAACAGACCAAGAUUUUAGUGCCAUUGACUAUCUUCUGUUUUCUUCUUUCCAAGAGUUCAUCAACAGUCCAGAAAAAGCAGAAUUCAUGAAGGACUGUGAAAGUUCAUACUCCAGCUGGAAAUUUUCUGGAGGCUUUCGAACUUGGGUCAAGAUGUCCUUGGUGAAAACAAAAGAAGAAGAUGGUAGUGAGACUGUUGAAUUCAAACAAGAGACUAGCGUGGUUAACUAUAUUGACCAGAGAACUAAACCAAGAAGUGACCAGCUGUUUUUUGUGGUAUUUGAAUGGAAAGAUCCUUUUAUACAGACUGUUCAAGAUAUUAUCACAGCAAACCCCUGGAACAUGAUUGCUCUUCUUUGUGGUAUCUUUUUGGCUCUGUUUAAAGCAGCAGACUUUGCUAAGUUAAGUGUUAAGUGGAUGAUCAAAAUCCGGAAGAGACAUCUGAAGAGGAGUCGUCAAGUAAUGAACCACAUAAACUGAGACUAAGACUGCCUUUUAACUAUUUGUAGCAGAAGGGAUAGAAAAUAACUGGAAUAAACUUUGAUCAGCAAUACAGCAAUUAAAGAUGCAAAACAGGUAUGUUUUCUUCCAGAAAAACGACAGCUGGAGGAACAGCCUAGUGAACGGGCCUUUGAACUUCAGAAAGGAGCUAACUCUAGGACAGGUCUAACUCACUCAUGCUUUCCUAUUUCAAAUUUAACAAGCUUACCUCAAUAUAUGGGGGGGCACUGGGGGAAAGGAGAGAAUUCACUGAUGUUCAAGAAGUUAACACUGUAGUGGUUAAGUUCUAAAAAAAAUGGACAAUGAAUGCUUCUCAGACCAGGAGACCAUUUAACUUCUGCAUGAGCUAUGACCUGCAUCUGCUGCCGUAACGCAGUUACUGCCUUGGCUGUGGUUAGUGGAAGGUAAAGCACUCAACAAAAGUCAAGCCUCCCCUCUCUAAAGUAUGUGUUAAAACAAAAUACACUGGAAUUCUAUGAUGUGUCAUUUUUUGAUUUAAAGUAUAGUGACUUUAAUAUUAAAAAAAUACUUCAAAUAA